GCAUGGCUGUAUAUGUACUCUAAAUGCAAAAAAUCUAAAUUUGGUGCAAAGGAACCUGAGACUUCACUCUAUCAUCCUUGGCCUCCAGUGGGGCUCGUGACCCUACCCCAUUGGCACUGCUGCUGUUUUUGCGAUGCUUUCUGAAGAGAAGAAGAGGGGAAAGGAGAGAGAGAGAGCGAAUGAGAAAAAUAGAGAGAGCCAAAGGAGAAGUGUGGACAUGCACAACAAAACAAUAUAUAAUUUUGAGAGGAAGGACGCCUGGUGCUCUGGUUUUGUUCCUUGGUCCUCGAAGAUUUUUAAGCACGGCAUUCAAGGCCUCUGAUCUCCAGAUUGAGCUGAACAAGCACCCGAAACCCAAGCCAGACCCCAAGAAUCUGCUCUUUGGCAAAAACUUCACCGACCAUAUGCUCACCGUGGAAUGGAGCCAAGAGAAAGGCUGGGAGAAGCCACACAUCAAACCGUUUCAGAACAUUUCUCUCCACCCAGCCUCUUCUGCCUUGCAUUACUCCAUGGAGCUCUUCGAGGGGAUGAAGGCUUUUCGAGGUCCGGAUAAGCGCAUCCGUCUCUUUCGUCCUAUGCUGAAUAUGGAGCGCAUGAUCCGUACAGCACUCCGCCUUUCCCUGCCUCCCUUUGACCAGACCGAGUUACUUGAGUGCAUCCGGCAGCUGAUCCACUUGGACCAAGAUUGGGUCCCCCACUCCGAAGACGCCAGUCUCUAUAUCCGACCCACCUUCAUCGGCACUGAGCCUUCCCUGGGAGUCAGCAAUUCGACCCGCGCGUUGCUCUUUGUGAUUCUGACUCCAGUGGGCCCCUAUUUCACGACUGGCAGCUUCAACCCCAUUUCUCUCUUGGCUGAUCCCUCCUAUGUCCGAGCUUGGAUGGGCGGUGUUGGUGACUGUAAGGCUGGCGGCAAUUACGGUCCCACCAUUUAUGUGCAGAAUGAGGCUGCCAAAGAGGGUUGCCAGCAGGUCUUGUGGCUCUACGGGGACAACCACCAGAUCACUGAAGUUGGGACCAUGAACCUCUUCAUGUUCUGGAAGAACCAGCAGGGAGAUCUGGAGCUAGUCACCCCUCCGCUGAAUGGGAUCAUCUUGCCUGGUGUGAUUCGGGCAAGCCUCCUGGACUUGGCACGCAAAUGGGGGGAAUUUAAGGUUUCUGAAAAAGUGUUCACCAUGGCUGACCUGAUCAAAGGCCUAGAAGAGAACAGAGUCAAGGAAGUUUUUGGCUCAGGCACGGCGUGUGUCGUUUGUCCUGUGAACAGAAUCCUCUACCAGGGCAAGAAUUACCAUAUCCCCACUAUGGAAAAUGGACCCAAGAUUGCUAAACGGUUUCUGAAGGAGUUGACAGAUAUUCAGUACGGACAUGUCACCAGUGACUGGGCCCCACCCGUCUGACAUAGGCUGAGCGCAGUCCCGUGACACCUUCCACCAUUCCCUGCCCCAGUCUCCCUAUUACUAUGGCUGUAUUUAUGGUGUGGUUCUAUAGCUUCGACUCGUCUGCCUUUCACUCCUCUGGACUGACUGGCUGCUUUUGAAGAACGAUGAUCCUCCGUUACAAACGUAGGCCCUUCAGGGCUGCACAACACUCCGCAUCAGGGAGAUGCUGGGUUCAGAAGAACUCCAAGUCAACCUCUGUGUGGUGGAAAGGAAUAUCCUAACCGAAAUAAUCUCCUCCUCCUCUUCUCUCUGAGCUCCGAAAUUCAGCUGCUUCCUGCUUUUAAAGUGCAAUAUCAAGAGAGUGAGAGAGGGGGAAAGCCCUUGAAAACUGUUAAAAUGGACACACAAACAUACUUUUAAAAUUUAUAACAAGUCGUUGCUUCAAUUCAAGCAUGAACAAAUCUACAAAUUUUAAAUGGAAACAAAACUGUUCUUGAAACCUUUUGAUAUUGGUGUCAGAGCAUUUGGUGAUGAGGUUUAAAUUUCCCCUCCUGUGUCGCUGUGUCUCAUUUUUUGAACUCUGGAUUUUUAGAAACUUCAACUCAAAUGCUUAAUCUUUCUGUCUUCUCACUUUGUAUUUCAAAUCUGUGCCAGUGCUGGUUUACUUAACAAAGCUUCAUCUGUUCUAGAACUAGUUUCAAAUUCAGACUCUUUUAGAACCAGAGACCAUUUUUACAUCAAAAACUAUUUAAAAAUUAAAACAAUUUCUUGGAGAA